AUGCUCAAACCUGGUGACGUGGUUUUCUACGCUCGCUCUCCCGCAUCUGAAUUCUGUGAUGCCGUGGAGCAAGUCAUCCCUAACAAUUCCUAUUUCCACGUGGCACUAGCGGUUUCUGAGCGGUCUCUAGUUGAAGCAACUCCUGAAGGGGUUCUAGAGCGAACUCUCAAGGACAGUUUAGAUGAUAAUCAGCCAGGAAUCGUGGAGAUUCUAGAAGUCAAAGGAAUCCCAGAAUCCACUAUUCUAAAAGCAGCCACGUGGUGUAGAUCGAAAGUUGGAUUUCCCUAUAAUGACUUAUUUUCGGCGGAUCUUAUGAAUUCUGAUGAUCUAGAGUCCUAUUACUGUAGUCAGCUGAUAACAGAAGCAUUUCGUGGCGUAGAGAUGCACUGGCCAACGCAUACACUGAAUUUUUUGAAUUGCGAUGGGAAUUUAAUUGAGUUUUGGAUUGAGUACUUUCGCAAAAGAGGGAGACCUCAAGUGCCACAAGGCGACGUCGGCUCGCAUCCGGGGCAGUUGAGGAGGAGUCCUGUGCUGGUGCUUAAAAUGCGAAUCUUGCCUACAAAAAUGAAUCUCAACACACUGAAGGAAUCAAAACUCCUCGAGCUCUCAUCCCAUUUCGUUGGUGGCAACCACGUGGAAUUCGUCUCCAACCGUCAGUUUCCUGUUAUGGAGCCCCGGAGUGGCCGGAAACUUGCCACGUGGCACUACGCGAAUGCUGAACAAGUUGACUUGGUAGUGAAAACAGCGAAGAAUGCACAGAAGACAUGGGCGGGUUCCACGUGGAUGGAGAGGAAUGAGGUGUUGAAAAAAACAGCGGAACUGUUGAAAACGCAUUGUGACGAUAUUGCCUAUUGGGAGUGUUUGAGCAAUGGGAAGCCGAUAAGCGAAGCGAAAGCCGAUGUGUUGUCUUGUGUGGAUACUUUUAAUUUUUAUUCCGGGAUUGCUCACGAUCUCCUUGGUCACCAUAUACCUCUUGACCCGACUCGCUAUGCCUAUACAAGACGCCUUCCUAUUGGAGUAGUAGCUGCAAUCGGUGCAUGGAACUAUCCCAUCCAGACAUGCACCUGGAAAACAGCUCCAGCACUUGCUUGUGGCAAUUCCAUCAUCUACAAGCCCAGUCCACUAUCCCCGGUCACUGCUCUGAUCCUUGGAGAGAUUCUGAAGACUGCUGGACUUCCUGAUGGAGUGUUUAAUGUAAUUCAAGGUGAUGCGGAGACAGCUCAGCACUUGAUUCAUCAUGAUGACGUGACAAAAGUCUCGUUUACUGGAAGUAUUCCGACUGGAAAGACGAUCAUGGCAGCGUGUGCCGAAAGGAAUAUUAAGCCGGUUACAAUGGAGUUGGGUGGAAAAUCGGCACUGAUUGUUUUCGAAGACGCUGAUGUGGAUUCUGGAGUGGCUUGUGCCAUGAUGGCAAACUUCUACAGUCAAGGACAAGUGUGCUCGAAUGCGUCGAAGGUUCUGGUGCAUAAAGGUGUGUUGAAGGAAUUCUUAGAGAAGUUGGUGAAGAAGACGAAGGAGUUGAAGAUUGGGGAUCCAUUGAAAGAUGAGACACAAGUAGGAGCGCACAUUUCGGAAGUGCAUAGAACAAGAGUCGAAGGAUACAUAAAUGGUGCCAUCAAUGAAGGAGCCACCAAGAUCUGUGGUGGAGACCGUAUUCAAGUUCCUGGCCUUGAAAAUGGAUACUAUCUGUCCCCCUGUAUCCUGACAGACAUCACCCCAAACAUGACAGUGUACAAAGAAGAAAUUUUCGGUGCAGUGCUUCUCAUCAUCCCAUUUGACACUGAAGAAGAAGCUGUUGGAAUUGCAAAUGAUACUGAUAUGGGGCUUGCUGCUGGGUUGGUUACUAAAGACCUUGCAAAAUCCUACCGUAUCUCCGAGCAGCUGAACGCUGGAAAUGUCUAUGUGAAUACCUUUAACGAUGUUUCUCCCCUAGUCCCGUUCGGAGGAAUUGGAGAGUCGGGAUUUGGUCGUGAAAACGGAGUUGCGGUCUUGGAACACUACACCCAACUGAAAUCGGUCUUUGUGAACACUGGCGCCUGUCCGAACCCAUUUUAA